GGCUGCUCUUCGUUAACUUAUUAUCAGCUGGUGUUCUGUGCUGAUGAACUAGCUGUUUUUCUUAAAAAGCACGGUGUUUUAAAGGAACAGAUAAUUGGCUUGUGCUGUCAGCCAGGGAUCAGGGUUCCCAUUUGGAUACUUGGGUAUUACGUCAAUAUAUUUGUAUUUUAUUGGAACUUUUGGUGGUUGUCCGUGCUAUGUACUAAAUGCAAGUGCCUUUUUCUGUAAAACGUUAUUUUUCUGUUUAAAUACUAUUCAAAACUGUAUAACCUAUCAUAUAAUGUUCUUUUAUGUCUCAGUAACGUCCUUUUAUACAUAGAAUUGUGCUUACUGACUGAUGUGAAGUCGGACUCUGAAUGUUUCAGGAUCCUAAAGCUGCCUGCAGCGUACAUGCCGAUUGAUCUCGACGCUCCUUCUCAGCAGUCGGUUAGGAUCAUGGAAAAAUGCGGGCUAGAGUUCUCCGUGAUACAAAGUGAUCUAUUUCAGAGCUUCCUCGAUGUGUUUUCCGAUAGUGUAUCAGUGGAUAUCUGUUCAGAGUGGCCGAGUCAGGGCCUGACCCUGGUAAGGAUCCAGAGCUAUGCAAAGCAGCAAGCAAAGCAUGGGGAGGCAGCAGAGCAUUCAGCCACUUCUGCUUGGAGAUGUAGGGCAGGCCUGGUGGGUCUGGCGUACGUGCUGCACACUUCAGGGACAACAGGGCUGCCCAAGGCUGUGAAAGUGCCGCACCAGUGCAUAGUGCCCAACAUCACACACCUCAGAUCUCUUUUUCAGGUAACUGCAAGUGACGUCAUUUUCAUGGCCUCCCCGUUGACCUUUGACCCCUCUGUGGUGGAGAUGUUUUUGGCUUUGUCAUCAGGGGCGUGUCUUCUGAUUGUCCCAACACUUAUUAAAAGGAUCCCCUCCAAGCUGGUGAAUGUGCUGUUCGCCAAUCAUAAGACAACAGUUUUACAGGCCACGCCCACCUUACUGGCCCGCUUUGGCAGGAAUAUCCUGCAGGGGGUGCUGCUUUCUGAAGCCUCCUCUCUACGUGUGUUGGCCCUGGGGGGCGAGGCCUGUCCUCCCCUGUCCCUUCUCCGGAGCUGGAGGCAGCAGGGCAAUACGACGCGUGUGUACAAUCUGUACGGCAUCACCGAGGUCUCCUGUUGGGCCAGCUGUUACGAGAUUCCCGCAAGACAGCUGGCCACCACCUCUACCACGGAUGGUUCAUCUGUGCCUCUUGGAACACCAUUGAUGGGCACUACCAUGGAAGUGAAGGAUGAGAGAGGCUGUGUUGUCACUGAAGGAGAAGGACAGGUGUACAUAGGAGGGGAGCGUAGGGUGUGUUACCUGGGUGAUGAAACCGAAGUGGUGCCGGGGACUAUGAGGAGAACGGGUGACUGGGUGGAGGUGAAGAACUCCCAUCUGUACUUUGUGGGCAGGAGGGACCGGCUGGUCAAACGGCACGGGCAGCAGGUGCACCUAGAUGCUGUCCAGAGGGCACUAGAGCUGUUGCCUCAGGUGCAUGCUUGUGCGGUGAUGCUCUGUCAUAGCAGACUGGUGGCUUUUAUAGUUCCAAGCACUUCCGCUGGAAACCGUGCACUUUCGACUGAAGACGUCCAGCCUCUUGCUGGAGAUGACACCCAUUCAUCUGGAUAUGCCGCAUCUUCCUCCAUGCAUCUCCUGCCGGAACUUGCAAAUCCUACCUCCAGCGUGAACAAUACCGACUUUACUGGUGACCAGACGUCUUCUUUGGGAAGUUCGUUUCCUGGAGACUCCUGUGGUCAUCUCACCUCAUUUCCCAGAGACCUCCAGAGAGAAAUACUGCAUAGUCUCUCCAAACUGUUGCCCUCUCAAGGUGUUCCAGAUACCCUGAUACCUCUCAGGAUGCUACCUACAUCCACACACGGUAAGGUCUGCUUUGAUGAGCUUCUGGAUUUCUAUGGUAAAUGGAGAAGAGGAUCCAUUAGUGUGCUGGAUAAGCGGGAUUCUGUGGCUGGGAGACUGCAAACACUGUGGAGGGACGCGCUGGGCCUUCCAGAGGAUGCAGUCGUUUCUGCAGAUGCCAGCUUCUUGCUCAGCGGAGGAGACUCCUUGCAGUGUCUGCGUCUCUGCGAUGACGUCGCCUCUUCCGUGGGCGUGGCCCCAGCGGCGCUGCUGGAGGUCCUCCUCAGUGGCUCUUUCUCUGAUGUCGUCUCUCACGUUGCUACAGCAUUAUUUCCAUUUGAGAAUUCAGAGAUAACUGAGCCAACCACUAAGGGACUCACCAUUGAAAUGCCCUUGCCAAGACUAGCCACAAAUGACACAGCAAAAUUGCCCUUCCGAGAGCCAGCUAAGAGACCAUCAGUAGAGUCUCCCUCAACAGAACCAGCUAAGAGACCAUCAGUAGAGUCUCCCUCAACAGAACCAGCUAAGAGACCAUCAGUAGAGUCUCCCUCAACAGAACCAGCUAAGAGACCAUCAGUAGAGUCUCCCUCAACAGAACCAGCUAAGAGACAAUCAGUAGAGUCUCCCUCAACAGAACCAGCUAAGAGACCAUCAGAAGAGUCUCCCUCAACAGAACCAGCUAAGAGACAAUCAGUAGAGUCUCCCUCAACAGAACCAGCUAAGAGACCAUCAGUAGAGUCUCCCUCAACAGAACCAGCUAAGAGACCAUCAGUAGAGUCUCCCUCAACAGAACCAGCUAAGAGACCAUCCACAGAGUCUCCCUCAACAGAACCAGCUAAGAGACCAUCAGUAGAGUCUCCCUCAACAGAACCAGCUAAGAGACCAUCAGUAGAGUCUCCCUCAACAGAACCAGAUAAAAAGGCAUCUUGUGUUUCUCAAGAACGUUUUGCUGGGAGACACUGCAGAUUUGUAAUGCUGAGGAGAGCAGGUGAAGUUGUAGAAAUGGGUGCUUCACCUCCAUUACUGAGCAGCCAAAGAGAGACUCUGACUUCCCGUAAAGAUCUUCAUUUGCAGACCACCGAGAGGUCAGAUGCGCGCGCACCGUCGCUGCACUUGCACAUGCGAUGGACUUCAGACACAGGCCGCUGUGUGGAUGCAUCCCCUGUGCUUCUGGUGACCAAAAAUGACCAGACCUCAGCCUGCAACAACCUCAGAAAGGACCAACCCUUGGAGAAGGAUGAGGUCGUGGUUUACAUCGGAUCACACUCCCACAGAUUUCAGGCCGUGGACUUCUCCACGGGACACCUGAGGUGGGAGCGGGUUCUGGGGGGCAGGAUCGAGUCCUCGGCAGUAGUCAGCAGAUGUGGACGCUUCAUUGCUGUCGGAUGCUACGACGGCCAGGUGUACUUCCUGUGUGCAGACACUGGAGGGACCCACUGGAUGUUUAGCACAGGAGAUGCAGUGAAGAGCUGCCCUGCAGUGGACAUGCUCACUGGAUGGGUGGUGAUCGGGUCCCACGAUGGUCGUGUUUACGCCCUCGAUCUGGAGGCUCGGCACUGCAUUUGGACGCACCCCUGUGGUGGUGGGGGGGUGUUCUCCUCCCCAUGUUUUCACCCCUCCCUCCGGCAGCUCUAUGUGGCAACACUGGGUGGACGGCUACUUUCUCUGAACGCAGACACCGGCGCCCCCUUGUGGAUGCACAGCACUGAAACGCCCUUCUUCUCGUCCCCGCAAUGCUGUGACCGCUGCGUGUGUAUUGGUUCCGUAGAUGGAAACCUGCAUGGCUUCAGCCACGCAGGUGAGAAGGUCUGGCAGUUCUCCACCAGUGGACCCAUCUUCUCAUCUCCGUGUCCCAUGCGUGCCACUCGGACAGAUGUAGCCAAUCAGAGGGUGGUGUGCGGGUCACAUGACGGCUGUGUUUACUGUGUGAACGGCAGUGACGGGACGCUGGUGUGGCGCUUUCGGACCGGAGCGCGGGUCUUCUCCUGCCCCUUUGCCUUUGACGGUUCCCAGUGGGGUUGCACGUCGCUGGUGGUGGUCUCCUCCACAGAUGGAACUCUAUGGCUCCUGGAUGGAGAUGAUGGGGCCCUCAGAGCCUCCCUGCAGCUUCCCGGAGAGCUCUUCUCAUCCCCCGUGCUUUGGCAGGACUCAGUAGUUGUGGGCUGCAGGAACGACCUCGUUUAUUGCAUAGACAUCAUCAAGCAGAAAGAACUGGAUACAGACGCGGACUCUGGAGGGUCGUAGCUGGAGUUACAGACCACAGACAGCAGAGGCAAUUAUGGUGGCGCAUUCAUCUUACAGUCUCAUCCACCCACACAGCUGCUAGAACCUCCAGCAUUCGUGUAGUAUAUGCCGCUCUCCUGAGUGCUAGUGUGUGGCUCAGUGGGUUAGUGUCUGUGAUUGGAAGGUUGCUUGUUCAAAUCCCAUACUUGCCAGAAUAGUCACAUGUUCGUUGGGACCUUGAGCAAGGCCUGUAACCCCCAAAAUGAUCCAGGGACUCUGGAAAAAUAUCUGAUGUUGUGUUUGGACCCCAAGCUCAACUGUCACCUGUAUGUCUUAAAGCAGAGCGUGAUGGGAUCUGUGUAAACUAAAGCAUUCCAGUAUACCUGUACAAAUGGAAAAUAAAUUGUUUCAAUUUC